CGCUCCAUUCACCUCACCAAUUUCGUUAACCUUCUCUUCUCUUAUUCAUUAACAAAAAUAAAAGCUCUGUUUAUUGGAGAAGAUGGCCUCGAAUCAGAUUGCAACGGAAAAAAACGACGCCGUACCAAACCCUGACGCCAGUAACAAAUCAUCCCUCUACCUCCAAGACAUGGACGAGAUGAAGCGAGUCUUCAACCGCUUCGACGCCAACGGCGACGGCAAGAUCUCCGUCAGCGAGCUGGACAACGUCCUUCGCUCCCUUGGAUCCGGCGUCCCGCCGGAGGAGCUCCAGGGCGUCAUAGACGAGCUCGACACCGACCACGACGGUUUCAUUAACCUUUCCGAGUUUGCCGCGUUCUACCGCGCAGAUACCGCUGACGGUGGCGACACAGAGGUCCAGGACGCCUUCAACAUGUACGACCAGGACAAGAACGGGCUCAUCUCCGCCACCGAGCUCUGCCAGGUUCUGAACCGCCUCGGAAUGAGCUGCACCAUCGAAGAAUGCCACAACAUGAUCAAAUCCGUCGAUUCCGACGGCGACGGCAACGUGAACUUCGCGGAGUUCAAGCGCAUGAUGAGCAACAACCGCGAAAAUACUUGCUGAAGGAAAAUAGAUUAGCAGCUUCUUGCUUUCUUUCCGUAACCUCUGACUCGUAGAUCUGCGCCUCUUGUGCUCUUUCAUUACUUUUUCCUUCGUUCUGUUAUUUAUUAUGUGUUCAAUCGUCCUGAGUAGAAUUAGAAUCAGAAAUUUAAGUGAAAAAUUAUUCCAAUGUUGCCGUUCGAAUUCUAAUUUAGCUUCGUGACUUUAUUUGCUACGUUUUCAAUGAAUUUGUUGUGAGUCGUGAUAAGCAGCGAUAAACAAUUGGAUUCUUCCGAGAAUGCCAACCUCCGUGUGUUUGCGGUUGUGGAAUCACGUGGCCGUGAAGAGGAAAUUGUGGCAUGAGGAAACACGCCGCGAUGAUUUGUUCUUCCACAAUGAUCACGCCGUGAAUUGAUUAUGACUUGUUUUAAUGUCGACAAUGAUUUAAAUUAAACAUUUGUGUAGGGAAAAGGGAAACUGUGAUAACAGGGCCAUGGAAAGUGGAGCAGCGAGUUGAAUGGUAGUGGACGCAAAAGAUGUGUCAGGGCAUUUCAUUUUCAGAACCGUGGUAGAAGGAAUGUGCUUGAUAUGGGUCACGGACACUUUCCAUUUUACUUUUUUGCUUUUAAUAGUCUCUUUAGGGAUACAAAAAUAAAUAUGCAUACAUGUCAUAUAUGCCAAUAAAAUUUGUGGGUGUUCGUAAGUUA